CCAUGUUCUGUCCUGGUUACAUCACUGCGUGUUGCUGGUUUGUCCGCGAGACUCUUCCUGGAGCUCAGCUGUUUGUUCUCCCUGCGCGCGGUGACAAGCGGGUUGGACGAUGCUAUUGCGGCGUUUUAAAAGGAAAAAAGCUCAUGACAGAAUAACAACACAAGGCAGUGCAUCGCCGCUAGCGACACAUAUCAGUGUUUAUUAGUUUAAUCCGGACGCGGUUAUUUGCUUUGGAUCUUUCAUGCACGCUCGGUGGACUCGGACAAAGCGGCUACUUUGGGAGAUUUUGUGUAAACGCACCUGCCGUGAGACACUGGAGCACAUGGGCAUCUGCUCCCUGGAUCGUACAUCGGACAAUCACAUCUGAGUAUUUCGGUCAAAAAACUCGCCUGUUUCACCGCCAUGGAGGAUUCACAGAUUUUAAUCUACGUCAGUUUAUUAUUUACUCAUCGCGGGGCUUCAAACCAACCCGAGUAUGGGGAUGACAGCUGAUCGCCCCUCCUCUCUCGGGACUUAAAUAAAAACGCGCUCCAUCUGAAUCCACUGCCCCCCGAUCAGAAGCCAGAGUCUCAGUUUCAGCUGUGUUUAACAAUAGAUGGAGCGCAGAAGGCUGUGAUGUGUGUUUUGAUUGACACCUUUUCCUUAUCAGGUUAGCUUCACACCGAUCAUUCCUCCAGAGGUUACACCGGCGACACGUUUCACUGAAGGCCGUUUUAAUUGUAUUUAAUCUUUUGGACAAACAACCCGUAUAAGUCGUUCUGCGAGGAAGUGUAUCAGCUCUGUGGAGAUGCUCUAUCCGAUCACCCCUCCACAUGGAAAGUAUAUUCCUCUUGCUCUUUGCUUCUUCGCGCUAAACCCAUGGCCGGGGAUGAUCCCUGAGUAGCCGAUAAAAUAAUCAGCGUCGCGGUGUCAGCAAAGGCUUGAGCUUCUGGGGAUUUGUGUAGAUUAUCACCGGACUGCUUAUUUUGUUCACUCGGCCACACUCAACUGAAUUUAGCUGCUUUUGAUCCGCAGCCUUUUCCCUGCUGCCUCCUGGAAACUCCAGCAGGGAAGCCUGCUUACAAGCCACGCUAUUCAUAGGGAAAGGGGGGAAACCGGGUUGCAUUCAUAAGCAAUGACUGCCACAGAGGUGUUUGGACCCAGAUCUGAGGAUACGACACAUUUGGCGCUGAUGUCACCCUGUGGAUCCGGGGGAAUGAGACGCGCUUCAAGGCUGUAGUUAACACUCCCUGUUUACUCGCAGCGUGCCUGCUGGGAUGCCGUCGCUGUGACCGGGAGAGGUAGACAGUCAGAAGAGACUCGGACACCCAGAAACAAAAACACAGCGCACCGACUUUGCAGACCGUUUUGACUAUCUACCGGGCGGCUACCGGAGGAUGUUUGAGCCAGGAUGCUGCGCUUCCCCGUGAAGAAGAUCCGGAAGCAGUUCAAGCUCCUGCUGCUGCUGGUGCUGCUCACCUCCGCCGUGUGGUUCACCUACCUGCACAUCAACCAGGGCAAGACCAUCAAACUCCACUUCAACUAUGGAAAAGAUGGAGAGAGACAGACGGAGGGGACGGACGCCAGCCGGAAGAGGGACACUCGCUCCUCCGCCGGCCACCACAAGAGCGAGGACACCAGCGACAGUAGGGAGGACGAUGCUGCAGAUGACGAGCCGAUCACAGGAGGGGCUGAUGGCAGACACCAUACCCGCAUCCGGAAGUUCCUCAGCCAGCGGCACAAGAAAUUGCCAUGGAAACCGGAGUAUAAGGGACAGGCCAACCUGCAUGUGUUUGAGGACUGGUGUGGCUCCUCUAUAGCCCAACUCAGAAAGAACCUGCACUACCCUCACUACCCUCAUACCCGCACCACGCUGAAGAAGCUGGCAGUCGCUCCAAAGUGGAAGAACUAUGGCCUGAGAAUAUUUGGCUUCCUUCACCCUUACAGAGAUGGUGAUUUCCAGUUCUCGGUGUCGUCUGAUGAUAACUCUGAGUUCUGGCUGAGUCCUGAUGAGAGCCCUCUCAGCGCCCGGCUGCUGGUCUAUGUAGGACAGCUCGGUACAGAGUGGACCGCUCCAGGCGAGUUCAGCAAGUUCAGGUCCCAGUCCUCCAAGUCUGUGCACCUUAUCUCAUCGAGACGUUAUUACUUUGAGGUCCUCCACAAGCAGGAUGACAAGGGCUCGGAUCACGUGGAGGUUGGGUGGCGUCCGUUCCUCCCUGGUCUGAAAUAUGAAGUGAUAGACUCGGCCUACAUCUCCCUGUAUACAGAUGAAUCCAAUCUGAAGAUGAACGCCGUGGACCACAUCCCUCAGACCUUGGCCAGUCACGUCCGUCUCCCGGAGGAGUUUCACCCCCAGGCUCUGGAGGGAGGGGGUGUCCUGCAGCACGGAGCGGAUAUGCUGAAGCCGGACCCCAGGGACACCUUCUAUAGCAUUCCUAUGAUCGACCCCUCCCGACUGGAAAACGUUCUUCCGGCCUGUCUCUACUCUCCAACCUACGUAGUCAAAGACUUCCCCAUCGCCAGAUACCAGGGCCUGCAGUUUGUCUAUCUGUCCUUCGUUUACCCAAAUGACUUCACACGUCUCACCCACAUGGAGCGAGAGAACAAGUGCUUCUACAGAGAGUCCCCUAUCUACUUGGAGAAGUUUGGUUUUUACAAAUAUAUGAAAAUGGAUGAGGAGGACGAUGACAGGCCAUUCUUUUUCCCCAACCCAGAUGAUUUCCUAGACGAGGAGGAGGUGGUAGACUUCGAGGACGAGGCGGAGAUUGUUGGCACGCAGCCGCCCAAGAAGCCCUCUCAUCCCAGCCACACCUCCAACCCCUCACAUCCUCACUCGAAGCCUGCGCCCACGCCUGCUGGGAGAGAAGGGGAAGAAGAGGAGGAGGACCCAGAGGAAGAGGAGGAGGGGGCAGUCAACAGUAUCAAACGUCGCAGAGAGAGGAGACACUUUCCUCACAGAGAGGGACAGAUGGCUAAAGAUCUGGACUGGGGAAGAGAUCAUACAAACGGGAGACAGGACACCAGGAAGGGACUUGAAGAGCCCCAAACCAGGGGGCUUCAGCCCGACACGGACAGCGUGGUCCCGCCUCGCUCCUUGUCGUGGAUCCGCACUGGUCCCGCAGAGCUGAGUCCUGGCAGGAAAGGAGGAGGGGGAGGAACAGGUGGCGGGGGAGAGAAGGGAGCUGAGACCCUGCCCAAACUGAGCAAGUCUUCACUCCUCUUCCCCCAGAAGUCCUCCCUCUCUGCCCUUGCCAGCCGAGCCAAGCAGAUCCGCAGCAACUCCGCCCACGGCAACAACCUGCACGAUAACAACAACAACAACAAGGUCGGGGGGAAGAAAAAGAGGGAGGAGAACAAGAUCUACAUCACCCGGCCUCGGCCCGCCAAGGAACGGGAGAAGGACAGGGAGAGGGAGCAGCGUCGGGAGAGGAGGGAGGAAAGGAGGGAGGAGAGGGCAUUGCGCCACCCUAGAGAAGUGUUCCCGGGGGUGUUUCUGUACCAAACUGGGAAGACCACUAGGCUGGUUAACCUGGGUGCCAAAGGACAUGCUGGGGGAGGAGGCAAAAGUCUGGUUAGUGCCCCUCAGCUCUGGCCCAACCCCCCCACAAAAGAGGGUAAGACCUCUCCUCGCAAUGGAAGCAUCAACACUCAGAGUGAAAGUGUGCCGAAGUCUGGGGUCAAACAAUCAGAGACAAGCAGGAGGAGAGGGGAUCACGGGGGUUUACAUACUACUGAUGUACCCAACCAAAGGGACCCGCUGUCCCCGUUGUCCCCGCUGUCCCCGCUGUCCAAUCAUCGAGACCCCCCUGCUGUUACCCAGCAAAAGAUAAACUCCACAGAGAACACGCUCCAAGGACAAACACGUGUCACCUCCUACCUCAGGACCUCAGAGAUCACAGAGUCCCAGCAGCAGCCAGACCCCAACCCGGCAGAACUCCAGGAUAGAAACCGCUCUAACCCCGAGCCAGAACCGGAGGAGGGAGAGUUGUCGGACUACAGCUACGAGGAGGUGGAGCCGCGGCCAGGUUGGGCGGAGGAGAGCAUCAACUGGCAGAGGACCUUCUCCGUCAACCCCAUGGACUUCGAGCUGCUGCGCUCCGACUGGAACGACCUGCGCUGCAACGUGUCCGGCAACCUGCAGCUGGCCGAGAGCGAGGUGGUGGACGUGCUGGCGCAGUACAUGGAGAAACUCAACGAACGCAACGGAGGGAUCUACACCCUGCUGCGAAUCGUUAACGUUGAGAAGCGGCGCGACUCUGCGAGAGGGAACCGCUACCUGGUGGAGCUGGAGCUGAUGGAGCGAGGCCGCAGCGUGGUGCGUCUUUCAGAGUACAUCUACCUGCUGCUCCACCGCAGCAGGAUGGGGGAGGAGAGCGUAGAGAACACUGACUUUGCCCCGGCCUCACCAGCUCUGUCCCCAGCUUCGGUCCCAUCCCCUGCCACAUCCAGCCUGACCACACCACCACCCCCCCCUCCCUCAGCCAGAUCCCCCGCCCGGCCCGGAGCGACACCCUGGAGCACCGCCUACGCUAAGCCUCUGCUCUGCCAGCCUGUCAUGCUGCAGUGGAGGAGAGAUGUCAUGGUGCAUUUUGUGGUGCCAGUGAAAAACCAGGCCCGCUGGGUACAGCAGUUCAUCUCUGACAUGGAGAAUCUUCAUCGCCAAACAAAGGAUGACAAUUUCAGCAUCAUCAUCGUCGAUUUUGAGAGCGAAGACAUGGACGUGGAGCAGGCACUGAGAGACAGCAGUGUGCCAAGAUAUGAGUAUCUGAGGAGAGAGGGGAACUUUGAGCGCUCGGCAGGACUGCAGAUCGGAGUGGACACUAUCGAGGAUAGUCACAGCAUUGUGUUCCUUUGUGAUCUGCACAUCCACUUCCCUCUCAACAUCUUGGAGAGCAUCAGGAAGCACUGUGUGGAGGGACGCCUCGCUUUCGCUCCCGUCGUCAUGAGACUCAGCUGCGGCAGUUCGCCACGGGAGCCCGAUGGGUACUGGGAGGUGAACGGCUUCGGCUUGUUUGGAAUCUAUAAGACUGACUUUGAUAAGAUCGGAGGGAUGAACACGGAGGAAUUCAAAGACCGCUGGGGGGGAGAGGACUGGGAGCUGCUGGACAGGGUACUGCAGAAUGGUUUGGAGGUAGAGAGACUACGCUUAAGAAACUUCUUUCACUACUACCACUCCAAACGAGGCAUGUGGAACACCCAAAACAAGAAAACUCCUAAGGGAUAGCUCCCCCUGCUGGUCGGAGGAUACUAAAACUACCUGCAGAUCCACUGUGUGUGAGAGAGAGACCUGUAGGAGCUCACUCACUGCCUGAACUCUGCCUUUAUUUACAGGCUCCUGUCAGGGACGCCUCUGUUUGCCAUCGGCCCCUCUUGUACGCUUGUGGGUAUGAAGACAGAGUCCAAAUCUGAACUUAACAAGUGAACUGUUUACGCAGACAGACCUGAGUCAUCACUUUGCCUCACUGACUCAACUACUGUACAGAGAGAAGAGAGUUGUUUUUGUUCUCCCUCUCUCUGUCCUUAUUUUGGUGCAAUCUUUUCAGACAGACUGGAAAGCAGCUGUUUCUGUGUAUGUGUGGGUAUGUACAUAUAUAAGUGUGUGUGGGUGUGUUGCCGCUUGUGUGUGCUUACGAUGACAGGAAGCACCUUUUUUUCUAACAAGAAGAUGUGAAGACAACCUAAGAUCUUUUUUCUAACACGCUCUCACCUGAGAGCCUAAUAGAAUGUGUGUCAACAUGUUAUUCAGAUAGAUUGAGACAUGGUGGCGUAGAUCGAGUAGAGGAACUCUGAAUUUCUAAAUACAUCAAAUACUACCUGUUGGUUAUCAAUAACCAGUAUGUCCGACGUGCUGAUAUUCUCCUGAUAACAUGAUAUUAUGAAUAAUUGAAAGUUUUUGAAACAGUAAUGCCCUUUUCCAAACAGAUACUGAAAGAUACGUCAUCUUUAUAUCUCUCUCUUUCCCUCUCUCUCCCUCUGUAUCUUUUAUAACCUUCAGUCCAUUUCUGCCUUUGUCUGUUGUAAUGUCAUGCAAUUUAAUUUUGUUUUUGUUGAAACAUUGCUCCACCCAUAUUAAUGGUAGCUAUCAGCUAUGGCUCGAUUCAUUUUUGUUUUACUGUUUGUUAUUUAAACGUUUUUUAUGUGUCCUCACUGAGUACGAAUGCACAAAUAUUUGGGGUGCUUUUUUAUUUUCUUAAACACUGAAUUUGUGAACAGUUUACAACGUUUAACUUACAAUAUCCUCUAUUCCCUCCACAUCGCUUAUGUAUUUGUAUCAUCAACUGGAACAGACAACUCUUACAUGAGGGAAGGAGAAGACAACAACGUCUUUCUGACAUUUUAUUUAAAGUGGACCUAUCAUGCUAUAUUUGAAUAAUAUAUUGUAGGGCCAUACCUAUAUAAGGC